AUGCUUUACGGAGCAGAAAUCUGGUGUGAGUCACUUAAAGUAGAAUGCUAUCGUCGACGACUGGCAUCUGUUCAACGGAGAGACGCACUGAGGAUAGCUUGCGCUUACCGAACGGUUUCGGAAGCAGCCGUGAUGGUCAUCGCGGGUGUGAUUCCGAUCGACCUUUUAGGGUUCGAGCGGAGACGCAUCUGGGAUGCCCGUCGGGCUGGGAAAGAACCGUUGGAAAGAGUUAAGGCUCGAGAACGCGAGGAGACCCUGAAACUCUGGCAAGAGCGAUGGGAAUAUGCGGAAACGGGACGUUGGACAUUCAGGCUCAUUGAACGAGUCCGUGACUGGAUUUCACGGAAAGAAGGAGAGGUGGAUUACUACCUUUCCCAAUUUCUCUCCGGUCAUGGCCAGUUCAAUGAGUACUUGUAUCGCAUGAGGAUCCGAACCGAUCCUUAUUGCCAGUACUGUCCGCAAGUUGUCGACUCUGCCGAGCACACUUUCUUUUCCUGUCAGCGUUGGUCUGAAAUACGGCUGCGCUUUCAGGAGGAGAAAGAAGUGCCAAAUGCCGCUGACCUGGUAAUACCUUGA